CCAGCGGGGGAGGCGUCUCAUCCUGGAUCCCGACUGGAACUCGCUGUCGCCCACCGGACCCGAUCAUCGACCACCGAUUGAUCAGGGCAGCUUCAGGGAGCUGCGAGUCACGUGCUGACUUUCGUGCGUCAUCGGCGUCGCGUCCGGCGUUCGGCGUCACACUGAAUGGCUCAGUAGUUGGUAAACACCGAUCGGUGCUCUCCGGUUCAUCCAUCGCUCCAUCGAUCAGUCAGUCUAGACCUCCCAGAUCUCCUCAGAGAAGGAGCCGGAGGAGGAGCCAGAGCUUCUCUCCCAAGCAGAAGCGAUGCCCGGAGUCACCAAGUACAACCUGGUGGAUGAUGUUCAUGAUCUGAGGAUCCCCAUGCACAACGACGAGGUGUUCCAGCAUGGGGUCUGCUUCGAGGCGAAGUACAUCGGCAGCUUGGAAGUGGGCCGACCCGGCAGCAGAAUGGAGAUUGUCGCCGCCAUGAGGAGAAUCCGAUAUGAAUUUAAACUGAAGAACAUCAAGAAAAAGAAGGUCAACAUCGUGGUGUCCACCGACUCUGUCAAAGUCAUUCUGCGCAAAAAGAAAAAGAGGAAAGGAUGGACGUGGGACGAGAGCGCCAUCCUGGUCUCGCAGGAUCCCAUACAGAGGAUUUUCUACGUCUCCCAUGAUGCUCAAGACUUGAAGAUCUUCAGCUACAUAGCCAGAGAUGGUCUCAGCAACGUUUUCCGGUGUAAUGUCUUCAAGUCAAAGAGGAAGUCUCAGGCCGUGAGGAUCGUGCGGACGGUGGGUCAAGCAUUUGAUGUGUGUCACCAGCUGACCCUGCAGCAGAGCCCCGACAGCCUGGAGGAAAAGGAGGAGAAGGCUGAAGAUACAGGACCAGCCAAGAAGAAGCUUGCACUAUCGGAAGAGACGGACCUUGAAGCCUCAACAGAGGAGAGCAUCGAUUGUGUCGCCUCUACAGACACUCAGAAGAAAGACAAGGUUCACGUUGACGGAGAGGUGUGUGAGGACCCCCCUCUUCUGCUGAACUCGCCCGUCCUCGCAGCAUCUGCGCCGGGUCAGUCUGCUGUGGAGGCUUGCUGUUCUGUAGAGCAGCAGGUCCAGCUCCUGCAGAAGCAGCUGCAGCAGCAGGAGCAGCAGGCGCAAGCAGCAACAUCACAGGUCCACACGCUGCAGGAGCAACUGUCUGUGGAGGUUCUUGCGCGGACGGAAGCCCAGACUAGAGUCCAGCGGCUGCUGCAGCAGAACACCGACCUGCUGAGACACAUCUCGCUGCUGGUCAAGCAGAUCCAGGAGCUGGAGCUUAAAGCCGCCGGCCAGUUAACCUCCAUGGGCUCCCAGGACAGUCUUCUGGAGAUCACGUUCCGAGCUCAGCCAGCGCUCACGCCUUCCUGCAGCAUGGCGGCGUCAGCAUCUCAGCAGCAGGUCUGCGAGAGCUCCUGGGUGUCGUCCCUGGCCAGUCCUUGCUCGCCGAGCGCAGACACCAGUCCGCUAGGGUCCACCGGUGUUCGACUGGAGUGCUUUCGCUUUUCAUCCAGGGGGCUGGAGAACCAAGAGCCAAGCCAAGAACCUGUGGUCAGCCCAAGCGACGGAGCACCCGACGACAGCAUACUGCUCGGGGAGCAAGUCCUGGGGGCCCUGGAGCUGCUACGGUUCCGAGAGUCAGGGAUCGGAUCGGAGUAUGAAUCGAACACAGAUGAGAGCGAUGACCGGGACAGUUGGGGGCACGGAGAUGUCGGCCAGGGCGACAGCUCGGCUCGACUGUUCAACGUUUUGAAUGCGGACAGUCUAUCGGACUCUUUAGGGGAGGAGGCCGCCGUCUAGUCAGACUGGACUCUUCUCACACUGAAGGUACGGCUGAGAAUGACGGCUACAUAUUUAGUUACCAAAAAUCCAUCAAGUUUCGGGGAAUAAAAAGACCACCAUCCAGGUCGGUGAGGAAGUGGUGGCUGGGUCAGCAAACCAAUAGCUUGGGAUGUCUGGAGGAAAGAGCCGUGAAUGGAAAACUGGUAUAUAUGUGUGUGUGAGUGUGUGUGUGUGUGUGUGUGGUACUGUCAAUAACUCUAGUCAUUACAUUUGAUCUUGACACCAUUGAUUCUACCACUGUAAAUGAGAGGGGUAUCGUUCUGAUUCCACGACUCCACUCAACUAAAAGUAGAUCCAGUUGUCACUAGUAGUAAUGGCUAGAUGAGGCUUCGUGAAACAGUGUGCUUAUUUUCAGAGGCCACCAGAUGGCGCUGUCUGAUGUAAAAUGUUACUUUCACAACUAAUUAAAAUAACACAACAUUUCUAAACCAAGAGCGCCUUCUAGUGGCCUCUGAAUAUCAGGACUCUGUUUCAUCGACCCUGCAACACUGUUUCAUGACACCUCGUCUACCCAUCACUAGUCACUAGGGAAGUGUGGUCCAAACACGUCAUAUAUUGAUGUGAAAAACCAACUAGGAACACAGACGACAGGCAGCACUGUGAAACUAUUUAAAAAUAUUUGCAGUAAGGGUUGAAAAAUGUAUUUAUAAGACAUAUAAAAUGUGUCAAAAGUCAUGGCCCGGGGGCCGAAUCUGGCUCGCCAAAUCAUUUCCUGUGCCCCAGAGAAACAUCAGGAGACCCAUCAAAUGAAUUUAUUUCCAAUUUAUAGUGCAUUAAAAAUCAGAUCCUCUAUAACGUAUGUAGAUAUCAUGACUCAUAACAGUGUAGAUAUGACCACAAUUUGGAAACUGGUCAGUUACAUUGAUGCCCAUGAUACAGAUUUUUUUUUUACUUUUUAAAGUAGUUUACUGCCUCCGUGGGCCAAGGUAUUGUCCUUGAAGGUAUCAAUAUCAGUGAGUUGUUCUGUGUAGCAUUUAAUGCUCAACAAGUCACAAUGUUGAUGGUACAAUAUCCAACACUAUGAAUGUCACCAAUGCAAGAAUAGAAGUUUUGCUUUAUGACGCUGUAAACGGAUGAACAGAGAAUGUCGAUGGGCAGCUACAUGACUAACUCUCGCUAGCAUCGCGCUCACCUCAGAUUCUUAAUGGCUCAGCAAAUACUUUACACUGAAAUAAUGAGCAACGGCUCGAAUACUCUUUUAUGCUGAAAGCUUUGAAGCAUAAUUGCUUCCGGAACAAUCGGGCUUUUGCUCUUGAAAGCCGCAUUGGCUAAUUUAAAUGUUCUCUGAUGUUUCAGAUGGUGAUACGCAUCACUUUGCAACAGUGAAGAACAAAGAUUGUUUUGUUCUGUGUCAAAUUAGCAAAAGAAAUAUUAAGUUUGUGGAAGGAAUGUCUCAAACUUGAUAACUUUGCGAGACGGAGAGAUCAUUUAAAUUGCAGAUGGUAGCACGGCCUCAAGCUCCUCCUCUGAGUCAACCCCUCGAAUGAAGCCUGUUUGUACAUAUUUUCAUAAGAAUACAUUUCGCCGUUUGCCUUCAUGCACUGAACUGUGAAGUACUAGUAUUCAGGACUAUUUCAUACGUACUGUAAGUCAAUAUCCAAAGUCCGUUUCAAAUGUUCGCUUCGGUGACCCGGUGCUGUAAAUACCUUUUCAGUGUUUUGCGGUGCGAUAUGAAUGUACCCGUGAGCAUGUUUAACUGUAAGUACAGGAGUGUAAAUGUAUCUCCUCUGGUCAGUCGACACUCAGCAGCACUGUGACUUUGAAACAACCACCACGCCCAAAGGAAGACAGCUCCACUUGAGGCCGUCCACAUGACACAGCCCUCGACUCUGUGUUCAACUUCCUCCCCAAAUCCAUCAACCUCCCUCUCACUCUUUCCUCUGAACUCUCGUAACUUUUCUCUCUCUUUUCCCGCUAAUGAAAUGCCAGCUAAUGAUCGAAGGGGAGCAGGCGCUUCCAAGUGUCUGGUCGUGGAAGCGAGUGCCCUUUCUCAAAUGGCUUGUGUUUCUGUCGCGCCUGGCUGAGUUCAAACUAAUCUCUGGAACAUUUCCAUGGCUGAUUUGAAGCGAAAUGUCUCCUUGCUAGCGCUGACAUUUCAGAGAGAGAGAGAGACAUGGUGCGACUUUGAAACACCGAUUUCACAAAUCGGGGGGGAGAUGAAUGAAGCCCACCUACGCCUCGCACAGUGCAACUGCUGACGUCGGUGGUGGGCAGAAACCAGCCGUUGAAAUCCACUCUCAUUUGCAUAAUCGUAUUUCGUCUUCUUUUCUCUCGCAGCUCAUUGAAAAUUCGCUGACAAAAGUGUAUCACCAAUAUCUCUCUCUGAGUGUCAAGAGAUAUUGACAUCAAGAGCGUCGGUCGUUUGAU